AUGCCGCAGGACCCGAACCUCUAUGGACAGCCGCCACCCAAGAAGCGAAAGAACAAUACGGCUCUGAGCAGCUCUCUUGAUUUUACUGCCCAACUAACCUCCCUCAUGUCUGUUCCGUCGACCACCGUUUCCCGACCAGUUCGUCCACGUGCGUCUCGCACAAGAGACUCCAUCUUCGGUGGCGCAAAAUCCAAGACGAUUGAUAACAGUAGAGGCAGUGGCAGCAAUAACAAAGACUCGCACAAGUUGGCCUUAAAAGACCCCUUGGGUACCGAAGACGAAUCCCUAAACUUGGCUCGAACGCGACGAAGAAUGGAAGAAAAGGCACGCCUCUACGCUGCCAUGAAGCGGGGUGACUACGUGCCCCAGGAGAAUGAAGCCUCGCCUUUGGUCGACUUUGACCGGAAAUGGGCCGAGGCCGAGGGAAGGGGAACGAUGCAUGGGGAUGGCGAAGUCUCGAGCUCCGGUUCCGAUAACGAAGAAGAGGAUGAGAAAAAUAUCAAAAGUCAAGAGAUCGUAGAGUACGAGGACGAGUUCGGGCGCCAACGACGCGUGACGAAGGCUGACAUGGAACGUCUCGAACGACAGCGUCGCCGUGGCCUCUUAGGUGCCGAAGAAUUGGAGCGCAUGUCAGCCCGUCCUGCGGCACCUGCGAAGCUAUUGUACGGCGACGGUAUCCAGACGAUGGCUUUCAAUCCAGAAGAUCCUGAAAAGAUGGAAGAGUUGGCACGAAAACGUGACAGGAGCGCAACCCCACCGGAGAUGAAACACUACGACGCUGAUAGUGAGAUUCGCACCAAAGGUACGGGAUUCUACAAGUUUAGCAAGGACGAGGAAGCCAGGUCCAAGGAAUUUAAGAGUCUAGAGGAGCAGCGGCAGAGGACGGAAGCCGCGAGAAGAGAAAGGGAGGACACGAAAGAAGCCAGGCGGAAAGACCUUGAACAACGACGGAAAAACGUCGAGGAGAGGAGGGCUGCGAAAUUAGCCAGCAGUUUCCUGGACGGGUUGGCUGUCGACAUGCAAUGUCCUAAUGCAACAGAGGAAGACACAGUACCACAGUAG